UUCUCAUUUGAACUCAAACAGUGGCAAGAGGACGGUCAAAGCGGUCUGUUAGCUCAAGAUCACUUCAUCACACAAUUGCUCAAACAGUGGGAUAACUUCAUACAAGAGGCUCCUCUUGGAUUCUGUUACUUUGAAAAGACCAGGAGAAUCUCAAAGACUGACAUCAAAGACUAUGCAAAGGGUUGCCGUCCGCCAUGUUAAGGUAAAGCCCAGGUGUGCGGUGUUGACCAUGCUAAAGCGCCUGGACAAGAUCCGCUUCCGAGGCCCCAGGACGAGAGACGAAUUCCCGGAUCUGGCCGAGUCGCCACCUGCCUCCGACAACGAAUGUAGCGACGACAUGCAGCUGAAGCCGAGAGCAGCUCUGCGUGACACGGAGGACGUCCUGCGAGACCCCGCUGGUUCGGGGUCUCCCACUAUGGCUGCAGCCAUACAGGACUUCCAGAGGUCCGAGUCAGAGCGGCUCAACGAAGUCAAGGGUCAUUUGGAAAUUGCCUUAUUGGAGAAACAUUUCUUACAGGAGGAACUGAGGAAGCUGCGGGAAGAGACCAGCGUGGACUCCCUGCGGCAGGAGCUCGAGAGGGAGCGAAGCAAAAGGAUAGACCUGGAGCAGAAGAUGAGCGAUUUGCUCAAAACCAGGCUAGAGGACUCUCCACCACAACCUCCCAGAAAACAGCAGUCGCCCUCAAACAACAGAACAGCAGAGAAACAGCAGAAGGAGGUGUGGAGUUCACGGCUGCAGAAGUGGCUGUACGAGCGCUUCGGGGUUUACAUGGAAGACUUCCGCUUCCAGCCGGAGGAAAGCACAGUGGAGGCUGAGGAACCGCUAAGUGCUAAAAGGUUGACAGAAAACAUGAGGCGACUCAAGCGAGGAGCCAGACCUGUCACCAACUUCUUAAGGAACCUCUCCGCCUUAUCUAAUUGGCACUCCGUGUACACCUCAGCUAUUGCCUUCAUUAUUUACAUGAAUGCUGCUUGGCAUGGCUGGGCCAUUCCCAUGUUCCUCUUCCUGGCUAUCCUACGCUUGUCCUUAAAUUACCUCAUUGCCAGAGGUUGGAGGAUCCAGUGGAGCAUUGUGCCUGAGGUCUCUGAACCCAUGGAGCCUCCAAAGGAAGACUUGACUGUGUCUGAGAAGUUUCAGCUUGUACUUGACGUUGCACAAAAAGCACAGAACCUCUUUGGAAAGAUGGCUGAUGUUUUAGAGAAGAUAAAGAAUCUGUUCAUGUGGGUGCAGCCAGAGAGCACCCAGAAACUUUACGUCUGCCUGUGGGUGACUUUCAUCACCUCCUGCGUCCUGCCGUACAAACUGCUGGGCUUCAUGAUUGGUGAGUGAUGUUCACAAAGCAUCUUUUUCAUUGUGACAGAACGUGAACUCAGUCACAAACAGAUGCAGAACCUGUGGAGCCGUCCUCCCUCAGCCUGUGUGGGGAAGCUGCAGGCUAUUGGCAUCUUAUACAUAAUUACUACUUUUAUUUUGCAAAGCGUCUCCCAAACC